GGACGCCGCGGCACGGAGGCGCUCCCGGCCCGGUGCCCGUGCCCGGUGCCCGUGCCCGGUUCCCAUUCCCCGUCCGAGCUCCCGCAGCGGCGGCACCGAGGAGUCGGGCAGCGCACGCUCCCCCGGCUGCCCCGGUCCCCGGUGCCGGUCCCGGCCCCGCCAUGCCCUCCGCGUACCCGCAGCGAGCCCUGACGGUGCUGCUGCUCUUCGGGACCUUGUCCGCCGCCAUGGCCCUGCUCUCCUCCAGCCUCAUCUUCCAGCUGCCGUCGGGCCGGGCCGCUCCCGGGGCCGGUGCCGCUCGCGGGGCGCUCCCGGAGCCGGUGGCCGCCGCUCUGCUGCCGGUGUCGGCCGUGCUGGCCGCGCUCUGCCUGGUGCUCAACGUGAGCUGCCUCCUGCUCUGCCUCCUGCACGGCUACUGCAGCACCGAGCUGAGCCGGGGCCGGCCCGGGCCCGAGCGGGCAGUCUGGUUCCUCCUGGACAGCCGGAGCGUCCGGCACGCGGCCGUCGGCCUCUUCUGCUGCGGGCUCUGCCUCUACCUCACAGCUCUGGCCCUGUUCAUGCUGCUGCUGUUCGAGCUGGAGGCUGCAAUUGCCAGCGCCUGCAUCCUGACCUCUGGAAUCCUCGUCCUGCUCGUCUCCCUGCUCCACGUGCUGCUCCGUGCUUCCCGCGUUUCCCGAAUUUCCCAAGGCUCGGAGCCCUCCCCAGCCCUGUACGAGAACCUCAGGGACGUGGCUCCUGCUCGGCCCCGCCCCGAAAUCCACCCGGAAUUCUCCUUCCCACCUUCCCUGGAGGGCAAAUCCCAGCCGGGCUCGGCCUCCAGCAGCGACCUGAGCUCCAGGAGCAGGGAAUUCCCCAGGGAAUCCCAGCGGGAAUUGUCCAGGAGCAGGGAAUUCCCCAGGGAAGCCCCAGCCCAGGACUGGUCCCGCACUCACAGGACACUCCUGGGCUCGGGGCUGCUCCAGGAGCAGGGAAAGCCCUGGAAUGUCAUCCCCAGGGGCAUGAGGAAUGGGAUGUCCCACAGAGCCACCAAGGACUCCACGCUGGUGUGA